AGAAAAGUUGCGGGGCGGAAAGGAGCGGCCCCGGGACGGGUAGCGAGUGCGAGGCUGAGCCGGGUCCCGGCGCCUACGGCCCCGCAAUGGACGACCUCGACGCCCUGCUGGCAGACUUGGAGUCCACCACCUCCCAUAUCUCCAAACGGCCCGUGUUCUUGUCCGAGGAGACACCUUACUCGUACCCAACUGGAAACCACACCUACCAGGACAUUGCUGUGCCACCUCCAGUCCCCCCACCCCCGUCCAGCGAGGCCCUCAAUGGCAGCAUCCUUGACCCCUUAGACCAGUGGCAGCCCAGUGGCCCCCGAUUCGUCCACCAGCAGCCUCCAUCCCCGUCACCUGCGCACGGCUCCAGUGCGCCCACCCCCCAGGACAGCCUUGGUGCUCCGUGCUCCCGAGUGGGUGAGGAGGAGCACGUCUACAGCUUCCCCAACAAGCAGAAGUCAGCUGAGCCCUCACCCACCGUGAUGAGCUCCUCCCUGGGCAGCAACCUCUCGGAACUCGACCGCCUGCUGCUGGAGCUGAAUGCCGUGCAGCACAACGUGCCCAGCUUUCCUGCAGAUGAGGCCAACUCCAGCCCCCCACUGCCUGUGGCCCUGAGCCCACACUAUGGCAUCCCGGAGAACAACAGUCCCCUGGGAGGCAAAGCUGGGCCCCUGACGAAAGAGAAGCCUAAGCGGAAUGGGGGCCGGGGCCUGGAAGAUGUGAGGCCCAGCGUGGAGAGCCUCUUGGAUGAACUGGAGAGCUCUGUGCCCAGCCCUGUCCCCGCCAUCACUGUGAACCAGGGUGAGAUGGGCAGCCUGCAGCGAGUCACCUCCAGCCAGCAGCAGUCACGCAUCUCGGCCUCCUCGGCCACCCGGGAGCUGGACGAGCUGAUGGCUUCGCUGUCGGAUUUUAAGUUCAUGGCCCAGGGGAAAGCAGGAAGCAGCUCUCCCCCCGGGGGGACCCCGAAGCCCGGGAGCCAGCUGGACAGCAUGCUGGGGAGCCUGCAGUCCGACCUGAACAAACUGGGGGUUGCCACGGUCGCCAAAGGGGUCUGCGGGGCCUGCAAGAAGCCCAUCGCCGGGCAGGUCGUGACUGCCAUGGGGAAGACAUGGCACCCGGAGCACUUUGUCUGCACCCACUGCCAGGAGGAGAUCGGGUCCCGGAACUUCUUUGAGAGGGACGGCCAGCCCUACUGUGAAAAAGACUAUCACAACCUCUUCUCUCCGCGCUGCUACUACUGCAACGGCCCCAUCCUGGACAAAGUGGUGACAGCCCUUGACCGGACGUGGCACCCUGAACACUUCUUCUGUGCCCAGUGUGGGGCUUUCUUUGGUCCUGAAGGGUUCCAUGAGAAAGAUGGCAAGGCCUACUGCCGGAAGGAUUACUUUGACAUGUUCGCACCCAAGUGUGGCGGCUGUGCCCGGGCCAUCCUGGAGAACUAUAUCUCGGCCCUCAACACCCUGUGGCAUCCUGAGUGCUUCGUGUGCCGGGAGUGCUUCACGCCCUUCAUCAACGGCAGCUUCUUUGAGCAUGACGGGCAGCCCUACUGUGAGGUGCACUACCACGAGCGACGCGGCUCGCUCUGCUCCGGCUGCCAGAAGCCCAUCACGGGCCGCUGCAUCACCGCCAUGGCCAAGAAGUUCCACCCAGAGCACUUCGUCUGUGCCUUCUGCCUCAAGCAGCUCAACAAGGGCACCUUCAAGGAGCAGAACGACAAGCCUUACUGUCAGAACUGCUUCCUCAAGCUCUUCUGCUAGGCCCCCUCCUCCCUCAGCUGCCCCAACCCUGGCCCAGCCCCCAACUGCUACUGUGACCCAGAGACCUAGCCCAGGGGUGAAGGGGCAAACCCGCCUGAAACUGGAACCCGUGUCCUCAGCCGGUGUAAGAGGGAAUGGAGGCCCUGAGGGUCCCGCCUGCUCUCCUUCACCCCUGCCGGAGCCUCUCUGGCCCCCUCCCUCCACCUGCAGCUCUGCCCAAGCUGGUGUCGGCCCCCUGGCCAUCCUCCUCACCACAUACCCUGUGUGUCCCCAAGAACCGGCCUGGCCAAGCCAGCACCCCACACUGGAGCCAUUUCUUACUCAUAUUUCGGCAGUGGAGCUGGGGGAGGGCAGGCAGGGUCAGAUGGGAUCUCUUUUUAUCCUUAUUUCCCCCUGACCUCAUUAUAAUUAUCCUUGUUCUGAAAGUAUUGGGGGGGCACGCCGCUUCCUCCAGACAAUGCCAGCAUACAUCCAUCCAUCCACGGGUGGAGCAGCUGAGGGACCACGGAAGGUCCCUUCUCCUCCUCCGGCCCUUCCAGUUUCCCUGGGCCUGGGCAACUGCCCCCCACUACCUUGUACCCCGACCUCCCCUUUUUUAACUGCUCUCGUUCUACUGAGAAAGGCCUCUCCAGCAAUAAUGUUUUCUAGUCACUUCCUCCGUCUCUGGGGACGGCGUGAGUUGGGGAGCAUCACCCCGUGCCUGGACACUGGACCGACUUUGAUAGAUUUCUACACUGAGUUUUGAAUUCAUAUAGGCCAAGUUGCUUUUACCUUAUACAAGAUGAUUUUGCAGAGAUUUUAAAGACGUUCCCUUUUGUACUCUCCUCCUUGUCUGCUGCCACUGGUCCUGUUGCUGAUGGUGGCAUUUGGCGUGGAGUCUGCUUUGUACUGAGAGCUUGGGGUGGGGAAGCAAUUUAUAUUGAUGUUUUUUUCUUAGCACUAGCAGGUGAACUGGGAGCAGCUCCGCGACUCCCCUUCUUUCACUUCACAGCUCACCAGGACUGUUUUAUAAACUGCUGUAUCUUGAAACCCCUUUCUACUGCCCAGGCCAAUAAGCUCUUAGACUGGCCUGAGGGUGUCUUGUCCUUUGGGCCCUAGAAUUCAGAACCCUGUCUGUCCUGUUCCUGGUGGGAGGAGAAGGGGGAAGUGCACUUUGGGGUGCUAUUUCCCAUCUCAGUAAGCCAUUUGGAGCUCCCGCUCUGCUGUGAACUUUCUGGCAACACAGAGAACCCACAGAAUGUUCUCAGCCUCCUCACCACUCCUCUGGGGCUCGCUCUUCUGCCUCUCAGGAAAGCUGAGAUCUGGUUUUGACCAUAAAGGCCUCUUUGGCUCUUGAUUCCACUGGGCGCAUCACUUCCCAAAUGUCUUGCCCUCCCUGGGGCCUGGGUGCAGGUUCUCCUUUUUAGGUGAGUUCGACACCAGGAGAUCUAGGAAGAAAUGGUCCUGGUUGUUGCGGGGGGGCCUGCUAGGACUUGGGACAGAGAGACAGGGUCCUGGGCUGACACAGAGCUUUCUUCCCCAAGGAGGAUACAGGAGCAGGCCAGCCCUGGGGUCUCUGGUCAGCAGGAAGGGGCCCCAGAGGGGUCUAAAGUGAGGAAACUCCACCCUACUAGCCUCAUAGCAGAGGCUGAAUGCCCUGGGGUCUCAGAGGAGGUCCCUCCUCCGAUGCAGGGCUGGAAGCCCAGCUCUGGGAAGGUCAGCUGGUGGUCUCCACCUCCACCCAUGGGCCUUAUUGCUCUGUUUACAGUGACCCGCCCCAGCCCUCCCCCGGGGGACUGGGGCUUCUGGGGUCCACCCUCUGAGUCAAUGAUUAUUUGAUGAUUUGAUUUUGAUUUUUUUUUUUUUUCUAUAAACUUAUAACCUGGCUUUCCUCCAUUUCAAUUCCUGUGAUUUCUGCCAAUAAAUUUGCCAUUAUUUUCACCUGUGCUAGUGCCUUUUCUUU